UUGCUCAAAAGCGCAUGGGAUGCCACGGACGUCUGGCCUCUCUCGGGUUCACUGCUCCUCUCCACCAUGAUCAACACAGGCCAGACCAGCGUGGCGCCGCCGCCGCUGCCUCCUCGCCUCGGCAAAUCCCAACCCAUCCUCAUCCCGGCUCCACAUUCCCCUCCGGGCCAACAGAGCAAGCCUCUCGUCCAAUUUCUGAUCGCAUUCGUCAUGGUGCACUUGCUGCUGUCUGUUGGAGGAUUCUUUUAUCUCUACUACAAUAACAAAUCCACUUCACCUUUACAAGAAAACAAACCAUCAGCUGAAGCGAGAGUUGGUUUUCCUCCGCCAAAAGGAAAAGCAGCCUCGUCGACCCUGGCCCACAUGGUAGUUGCGGAGAGGAGCUCGAAAACAGGGGAAACGCAGCCAUCGGGUUUUCUCCAGUGGGACAUGAACCACUCAGUUCGAAAGAACGUCAACUACUUCCACAACAGCUGGCUGACUAUUCUUGAGCCCGGUGAUUAUUACGUCUACUCCAGGGUUACCUUCUCCAAAGGUAACCGGAAGAUCCCUCUGGCCAGCAUGGUGAGGCUGAGGAAGACAGAGACUGGAGACGGGAAGGACGUAAUGAUGGCCUACUGCAGCCUGAGCAGCAACUACAUCCCUGAUUCAACCGCAAACAUGUGCACAGCCACUCAAAUGGGCCUCAUCAAACUGGAAAAGGGAGACCAACUGAGUGUUUGGGUACCAGACCUCUCACUUGUGGACUAUGAAGGAGAUGCGACAGCCUUUGGGAUGUAUAAAAUCUAA